AUGAUUUUUCAAUCUUUUCUACUAGGUAAUCUAGUAUCCUUAUGCAUGAAGAUAAUCAAUUCGGUCGUUGUGGUCGGACUCUAUUAUGGAUUUCUGACCACAUUCUCCAUAGGGCCCUCUUAUCUCUUCCUUCUCCGAGCUCAGGUUAUGGAAGAAGGAGAAGAAGGAACCGAGAAGAAGGUAUCAGGAACAACAGGUUUUAUUAUGGGACAGCUCAUGAUGUUCAUAUCGAUCUAUUAUACGCCUCUGCAUCUAGCAUUGGGUAGACCUCAUACAAUAACUGUCCUAGCUCUACCCUAUCUUUUGUUUCAUUUCUUCUGGAACAAUCACAAACACUUUUUUGAUUAUGGAUCCACUAGCAGAAAUUCAAUGCGUAAUCUCAGCAUUCAAUGUGUAUUCCUGAAUAAUCUCAUUUUUCAAUUAUUCAACUAUUUCAUUUUACCAAGUUCAAUGUUAGCCAGAUUAGUGAACAUUUAUAUGUUUCGAUGCAACAACAAGAUGUUAUUUGUAACAAGUAGUUUUGUUGGUUGGUUAAUUGGUCACAUUUUAUUCAUGAAAUGGGUUGGAUUGGUAUUAGUCUGGAUACAGCAAAAUAAUUCUAUUAGAUCUAAUAAGUACCUUGUGUCAGAAUUGAGAAAUUCUAUGGCUCGAAUCUUUAGUAUUCUCUUCUUUAUUACCUGUGUCUACUAUUUAGGCAGAAUGCCGUCACCUAUUUUUACUAACAAACUGAAACAAAUGCUAGAAACGAACGAAAUUGAGGAAGAAACAAAUUUAGAAAUAGAAAAAACUUCCGAAACGAAGGAGACUAAACAGGAAGAAGAGGGAUUCACCGAAGAAGAUCCUUCUCCUUCCCUUUUUUCGGAAGAAAAGGAGGAUCCGGACAAAAUCGAUGAAACGGAAAAGAUCCGAGUGAAUGGAAAGGACAAAACAAAGGAUGAAUUCCACUUAAAAGAAGCAUGCUAUAAAAAUAGCCCAACUUCUUAUUCUGGGAAUCAAGAUAUUUCGAAGUUAGAAAUACUUAAAAAAGAAAAGAAAAUCCUAUUCUGGUUUCAAAAACCCCUUAUUUUUCUUCUUUUCGACUAUAAACGUUGGAAUCGUCCAAUGCGAUAUAUAAAAAACAAUCGGUUUGAAAAUGCGGUAAGAAAUGAAAUGUCACAAUAUUUUUUUUAUACAUGUCAAAAUGAUGGAAAACAAAGAAUUUCUUUUACAUAUCCACCUAGUUUAUCAAUUUUCUGGGAAAUGAUACAAAGAAAGAUUUCUUUGGCUACAACAGAAAAAUUCUUAUAUGAUGAUGAACUAUACAAUUAUUGGAUUUAUACGAAUGAACAAAAAAAAAACAGCUUAAGCAAUGAAUUUGCUAAUAGAAUUACAGUUCUAGACAAAGGACUUUUUUAUAUAGAUGUACUUGAUAAAAAAACUAGAUUAUGUAAAAGUAAAAAUGAAUAUUUACAAAAAGACCAUGAUCCUUUAUUAAAUGGAUCCUAUCGUGGUAUAAUAAAAAAAACUCUUUUACCUUUUAUAAAUAAUGAUGAAACUACAGUAAAAAAAUUAAUAGAUGAAAUUUUUAUAAAUAAAAUUCAUAGUGUUCUGGGUAAUUGUAAUAAUUACCAGGAAUUUGAAUAUAAAAAAGAUCCAUUUAAGAAAAACCCAAUAUCAUCAAAAAUUAGACAUUUCGUAACUUUAAUGAGUCAAUUUGAUGGAGAAUCAACAUUCAAUCAAAAAGGGAUUUCUUUACUUUCAGAACACAAACAAAUUUGUUCAGAAGAUCCAGAAAUAUUUUUCAAAUUUUUAGUUGAUACAAUCAUAGCGGAUUCCUUUACUCAAACAAUUCCAAAAGAAUCGAUUGGAAUAAAAGAAAUAAGUAAAAAGGUUCCUCAUUGGUCAUACCAACUAAUUGAUGAAUCCGAACAAGAGGAAAUGGAAAAUGAAAAACAAGUAUCAUGGCCUCAUCAAAUUCGCUCAAGGAGCGGAAAAGAAGUAGUUUUUUUUACGGAUAAACAAGAAAAUACCGACAAUCCUACCCCUAAUACUGCUGAUAUAUCUGAGCAAGCGGACGAAGUGGUUUUGACACGUUAUCCACAAGAAUCUGAUUUUCGUCGAGAUAUAAUCAAAGGUUCCAUGCGUAGUCAAAGACGUAAAAUAGUUAUUUGGGAAUUGUUUCAAGCAAAUAUACAUUCCCCACUUUUUUUAGACAGAACGAAUAAAUCCUCUUUUUUUUCUAUUACUUUUUCCAGAUUAAUUAAACGAAUUUUUAAAAAUUAUAUGGGAAAAAACCCAGAAUUGGAUAUUUCUAAUUAUAAAGAAGAAGAAUUAAAAAAAAAAGAAAAAGCUAAAGAGCACAAAAAAGACAAAGAAAAAAAACAAGAACAAAUACGACUAGACAUAGCCGAAACUUGGGAUACUAUUCCAGGUGCUCAAAUAAUAAGAAGUUUGAUAUUACUAACUCAAUCAAUUCUUAGAAAAUACAUUCUAUUGCCUUUAUUGAUAACAGGAAAAAAUAUCGGUCGUAUAUUAUUAUUCCAACUUCCUGAGUGGUCGGACGAUUUCAAGGAGUGGACUAGUGAAAUGCAUAUUAAAUGUACCUAUAAUGGUGUUCAAUUAUCAGAAAAAGAAUUUCCUAAAAACUGGUUAACAGAUGGUAUGCAGAUAAAGAUAUUAUCUCCUUUCUGUCUAAAACCUUGGCAUAAAUCUAUGAUACGACCUUAUCAUCAAGAUAAAAAAAAAAAGGAACAAAAUCAAAUAGAUGCUUUUUGCUUUUUAACAGUUGUGGGAUUAGAAACUGACAUCCCUUUUGGUCCUCCCCGAAAACGGCCUUCUUUUUUUCAACCUAUUUUUAAACAACUCGACAAAAAAAUUGAAAAACUUAUAAAAGGAAACUUCCAAGUUCGAAAAAGACUAAAAGAAAAAAUUCUAUUUUUUCUAAAGUUACAAAAUGAAACAAACAAUUGGAUUAUUGAAAUCUUUCCUUUUUUUAAAAAAAUAAUACGAAAAAUGUCAACCGUAAAUACAAUUGGAGUAUUUGGGUUGAAAGAAGCAUCUAGUGAAAUAAAAAGUGAAAAAGAUUCAAGAAUCAAAAAUCAUAUGAUUCAUGAAUCAUCCGUUCAAAUUCGAUUCUUGAAUCAGACAAAUUCUUCAGUGACCGAAAAAAAAAUGAAAGAUUUGGCUAAUAGAACAAGGAUAAUUAAAAAUAAAAUAGAAAAAAUUUCAAACGACAAACUAAAAAUGAGUCCUAAGAAAACUCGUUAUGGUACGAAAAAUUUGGGUCAGAUAUUAAAAAGAAGAAAUGCUCGAUUAAUCCGUAAUUCAAAUUAUAUUUUGAAAUUUUUUAGGGAAAGGAUAUACGGAGAUAUAUUUCUAUAUAUCAUUAAUAUUCCCAAAAUUAAUACACAACUUUUUCUUGAAUCAACAAAAAAUGGGAUUGAUAAAUCAAUUUACAAUAAUGAAAGUAUUACUAAAACAAAUAAAAAUAGAAUUCAGUUUAUUUCAACUAUAAACAAAAAAUUUUUACCUUUUCUUAGUACUAGUAAAAAUAAUUCAAAGAUUAUUUCAGAUUUUUCUUUUUUGUCACAAGCCUAUGUAUUUUACAAAUUAUCCCAAGCCAAAAUUCUUAACUUAUAUAAGUUAAGAUUAGUCCUUCAGUAUCGUGGAAUAUCUUUAUUUCUUAAAAAUGAAAUAAAAGAUUUUUUUGGAACUCAAGGAAUAACUAAUUCCGAGUUAAAGACUAAAAAACUUCCGAAUUCCGGAAUGAACCAAUGGAAAAACUGGUUAAAAUUGAAAAAUAAUUAUCAAUACAAUUUAUCUCAGCUAAAAUGGUCUCGAUUAGUACCACAAAAAUGGCGAAAUAGAGUAACUGAACAUUGUGAGGUUGAAAAUACAAAUUUAUAUCAAAACGAAGAAUUAAUUAAUUCCAAAAAGCAUUUAUUGUUAUUACCAGAUCAAAAAUAUAAUUUUCAAAAGAACUAUAGAUAUGAUGUUUUAUCAUAUAAAUUUUUUAAUUAUAAAAAUAAGAACGAUUCAUAUAGAUAUAGUUAUGGACUACCAUUCCAAGUAAAUAAAAACCAAGAAUUUUCUUAUACUUAUAAUUACAACAUAAAUAACAACAAAUUUAUUGACAUGUGGUGGAAUAUCCCUAUCAGUAAUUUUAGUUAUUUAGAAAAAACAAAAAUUAUGGAUAUAGAUAAAAAUAUAGAUAGAAAAUAUUUGGAUUUUAAAAUUCUCGAUUUUUCUCUUCGAAAUAAAAUCGACAUUGAGGACUGGAUCGAUAUCAGUACUAGCAUAAAUGAAAAUACUAAAACUGAACCUAGGAAUUAUCAAAUUGUUGAAAAAAUUAAUAAGAAAAGUCUUGUUUAUAGCACAAUUUAUCAAGAAAUCAAGCAAUCCGAUCAAAAAAACAAACUUUUUGAUUGGAUGGGAAUGAAUGAAAAAAUACUGAGCCGUCCCAUAUCAAAUCUAGAAUUUUGGUUUUUCUCCGAAUUUUUUUCAUUUUAUAAUGCAUAUAAAAUGAAACCGUGGGUUAUACCAAUUAAUUUGCUUUUUUCAAAUUCUAAUGUAAGUGAAAAGUUUAGUAAAAAUAAAAGCAUCAAUAGAAAGAAAAAAACAAAUCCUUUUAUACCAUCAAAUGAAAAAAAAUCUUUUGAAUUAGAGAAUCGGAAUCAAGACGAAAAGGAACUGGUAAGUAAAGAAGAUCUUGGAUCAUAUGUUCAAGAAAACUAUGAAAAAGAUAUUGAAGAAGAUUAUAUAAGUUUUAUAGAUAUUAAAAAGCCUAUAAAACAAAAACAACCUAAGAGUGUUAUAGAAGCAGAAUUCGAUUUAUUCCUAAAAAGAUAUUUGCUUUUUCAAUUGAAAUGGGCCGAUUCUUUGAAUGAAAAACUGAUGGAUAAUAUCCAAGUAUAUUGUCUCGUGCUUCGAUUGAUCAAUCCAAUAGAAAUUCUUAUAUCCUCUAUAGAAAGAAAAGAACUGAGUAUGGAUAUAAUGCUAGAUCGGAAAGAUUUUAAUUGUCCAAACUGGAAACAAAAAAGAGUAUUGAUUAUUGAACCGAUUCGUCUUUCUAUAAGGGGCGAUGGACAAUUUCUUCUGUAUCAAACCAUAGGUAUUUCAUUGGUUCAUAAGAGUAAACACCAAAAUAAUCAAAAACGAUACAGUGAAAAUGUUGAUAAAAAAUUUUUAGGUGAAAGAAACAAAAACAAUUUUGAUUUGCUUGCUCCUGAAAAUCUUUUAUCGCCUAGGCGUCGUAGAGAAUUAAGAAUUCUACUUUGUUUGAAUUCAAGAAAUAAUAAUGGUGUGAAUACAAACCCAAUGGAGAAUCGAGUAAAAAACUGUAAUCAAUUUUUUGAUGAAAAAAAAGAUCUUGAUCGAGAUAAAAAUACACUUAGAAAUUUAAAAUUCUUUCUUUGGCCCAAUUAUCGAUUAGAAGAUUUAGCUUGUAUGAACCGUUUUUGGUUUGAUACUAAUAACGGAAGUCGUUUUAGUAUAUUAAGAAUACAUAUGUAUCCACAAUUUUAA